AUGUUUCAAAAUGGCAUCGCGUCUUGUGCGGCUGUUAAACAUACGCGCCACCAAAACUUAACUCUGGCACCGUCAGUUGGAACUGGACGUAUUCAAUAUACUUUUUGUGUUUGUUGUUACUGUUCGACUACUUUGAGAAUAACAAUGCCUGAAGUAGAUGACUGUCAAGAACUCGCCACUAUCAAAGAUUGGCUUUACAAGCAGCCUCAUUUGCCUCACGAUGUCGAGGACAUCCUUCUUCGUCGAUUCCUGACAAGUUCCGGCCACAGUAUUGAACGAGCGAAGAGAACCAUCGACUUGUUCUUUACUAUUCGUGCCAAUGGACCCGAACUAUUCUGCAAUCGUGACCCCUGCUCGCCGGAGAUAAGACGAGUCUUCGAGAUAACUGACAUGUUACCUCUCCCUAACACAACUAAGGAAAACUACCGUGUCUUCAUUUACCGUUUGAGUAAUCCCAACUUGGAUGCGUUCAACUUCGUGGACGCCAUCAAGACAUUCUUCAUGUUGGCAGACACUAGAUUGACAGAGGAUUGCGAAAUACCUUCGGGAGAGAUACCAGUCUUCGAUGCUGCGAAUGUGUCCCUUAAAUUUAUUCCGAAAGUGAACCUCUCUGCUCUCAGGAAAUACAUGAUGUACACACAAGAAGCAAUGCCGAUCCGGCUAAAACAGGUGCAUGUCAUCAAUGUUCCUUCAUACAUCGGCAAAAUCUACGCCCUGUGCAAGCCGUUUCUCAAAACUGAAGUUGCUAAAUUGAUAAAGUUCCACGAGCCUAACUCAGAUACCUUGUACGCGGACAUUUCACAAGACGUACUUCCAACGGAAUAUGGUGGCAAAGCAGGCUCCGUGGAGAGCAUCAAACGUAACUGGAUUAAGAAGAUGGAAGCGAAGAGAGAUUGGUUCCUGACUAACGACAAGAGGUGGGCUGUAGAAGAGUCUUUGCGACCAACAGGCAACGUUGACCCCCGUGUGGACAAAGCUCGGGCGCUUCCUGGCUCAUUCCGAUCUCUAGCUUUAGAUUAG